UCGCGUUUCUGCCCACAGUCAGAGGUGGCUUUCAGAGUCUAAGCAGGCUCCUUCACAGCCAUGGCUGAGGGCGGAGAAGGGGAAGAUGAGAUUCAGUUCCUAAGAACUGAUGACGAGGUGGUUCUCCAGUGUGUUGCCGCCAUCCAGAAGGAGAACCGGAAGUUUUGUCUCGCUGCAGAGGGUCUUGGUAACCGACUGUGCUACUUGGAGCCCACUUCUGAGGCUAAGUAUGUGCCUCCAGACCUAUGCAUCUGCAACUUUGUGCUGGAGCAGUCCCUGUCCGUACGGGCCCUGCAGGAGAUGCUGGCCCACACUGGACCGGACAGCGAAGGGAGUCCUGAUCAUGAGCAAUGGGCUGCUCAGGGGGGUGGGCAUCGCACCCUCCUCUACGGUCACGCCAUCCUCCUGCGACACUCCUUCAGUGGAAUGUACCUGACCUGUUUGAAGACAUCCAGAUCCCUGACAGACAAGCUGUCUUUUGACGUAGGACUACAGGAGAACUCAAUAGGAGAGGCCUGCUGGUGGACCAUCCACCCUGCCUCUAAGCAGAGGUCUGAGGGAGAGAAAGUUCGUAUUGGAGAUGACCUCAUCCUGGUCAGUGUGUCCACUGAGAGAUACCUGCACCUGUCCAUCUCCAGCGGCGGCAUCAACGUGGACGCUUCCUUCAUGCAGACGCUGUGGAACGUCCAGCCCACCUGCUCCGGCAGCAACGUGGCGGUCGGCUUCCUCAUCGGGGGUCACGUGAUGCGCCUUUGCCACGGCCAUGACGAGAGCCUCACCAUCCCCGGAGCCGACCGUAGCGACGAGGAGCAGAGGAUAGUGAACUAUGAGGCGGAGACAGGCGCUUCCAAAGCUCGCUCUCUCUGGAGACUGGAGCCACUCAGGAUCAGCUGGAGUGGUAGCCACAUCCGCUGGGGCCAGUCUUUCCGUCUACGUCACCUGUCCACCGGAUACUACCUGGCCCUGACGGAGGACGGAAGCCUGGUUCUGCAGGACAGGGAGAAGUCCAACACCAAGGCCACGGCUUUCUGUUUCAGACCCUCCAAGGAGAAAGUGGAGGCGGGGCCUAAGCGGGACAUCGAGGGCAUGGGCGUGUCGGAGAUCAAGUAUGGAGACUCCAUGUGUUUCGUCAUGCACGUGGCUUCUGGGCUGUGGCUGUCCUACCAGGCGCCUGAUGCUAAAUCCUCCCGGCUAGGACCUCUCAAACGAAGGGCCUGCCUGCACUCUGAAGGGCACAUGGAUGAUGGACUCAGCCUGCAGCGCUGUCAGCACGAGGAGUCGCGAGCGGCGCGCAUCAUCCGCAACACCACAUUCCUCUUCAGGGAUUUCAUCAGGGGUCUGGACAGCCUGGGGGGGGGCAGGAACACGGAGGUGGCCCUGCCGUUUGAGGAGGUGGUGCAGACGCUCAACGACCUGAUCGAGUACUUCCAGCAGCCCCACUCUGAGCUGGAGCACGAGGAGAAGCAGAUGCAGCUGCGCUCGCUCAUCAAGCGCCAGGACCUGUUCAAAGAGGAGGGCAUGCUGGCCCUCCUGUUGAAGUGCAUCGACCGUCUCAACCUGUACAACAGCGCCGCCGAAUUUGGCGAGGUGGCAGGGGAGGAGGGCGGGGCGGUGUGGAAGGAGAUUCUCAACCUGCUUUACAAACUACUCGCUUCCCUGAUCUGUGGAAACAGGAACAACUGCACCCAGUUCUCUCGUAAUCUGGACUGGCUGGUCAGCAAGCUAGAGAGGCUGGAAUCCUCCUCAGGAAUUUUGGAGGUGCUCCACUGCAUCCUGAUUGAAAGCCCUGAAGCCCUGAACAUCAUCCAGAAGGCACACAUCAAGUCCAUCAUCUCCCUGCUGUACAAACACGGACGCAACCAUAAGAUCUUGGACGUCCUGUGCUCUCUGUGUGUCUGUAAUGGAGUGGCAGUGAGAGCCAAUCAGAACCUCAUCUGUGACCACCUGCUUCCUAAAAGGGACCUGCUCCUCCAAACACGAUUGAUCAAUGACGUCCAGAGUAUGAGGCCAAACAUCUUCCUGGGGGUGGCCGAGGGCUCGGCCCAGUAUAAGAAGUGGUACUACGAGCUGAUGAUUGACCAGGUGGACCACUUUGUGACCAACGAGCCGUCUCACCUGCGUGUGGGCUGGGCCAGCACCAAGGGCUACGCCCCCUACCCCGGAGGCGGCGAGGGCUGGGGGGGGAACGGGGUCGGGGAUGACCUCUACUCCUACAGCUUUGAUGGACUCCACCUCUGGUCAGGCCGUAUCUACAGGGCCGUGGCCUCCAUUAACCAGCACCUGCUGAACUCAGACGAUGUAGUGAGCUGCUGUCUGGAUCUGGGUGCCCCCAGCAUGUCCUUCAGGAUCAACGGUCAGCCCGUCCAGGGCAUGUUCGAGGACUUCAACACGGACGGCUUCUUCUUCCCUGUGGUCAGCUUCUCUGCGGGGGUCAAGGUCCGUUUCCUGUUGGGUGGUCGUCAUGGAGAUUUUAAGUUCCUGCCUCCCGCGGGCUACUCCCCAUGCUACGAGGCUCUGUUGCCCAAAGAGAAGAUGCGUGUGGAGCCUGUGAAGGAGUACAAGAGGGACCAUGAGGGGGUGCGAGACCUGCUGGGCACCACCAAGCUCCUCUCCCAGGCCUCCUACAUCCCCAUGCCUGUGGACACCACGCAGACUGCGCUCCCUCCUCACCUGGACCAUGUCCGGGACAAGCUGGCUGAGAACAUCCAUGAGCUGUGGGGGAUGAACAAGAUCGAGCUAGGCUGGGCCUAUGGCAAGGUUCGGGAUGACAACAAGAGGCAGCAUCCGUGCCUGGUGGACUUCACCAAGCUACCAGAGACCGAGCGCAACUACAACCUGCAGAUGUCCAGCGAAACUCUGAAAACCCUGUUGGCACUAGGGUGCCAUGUCGCCCAGGUGAACGUCAACGCAGAAGAAGAUUUAAAGAAAAUCAAACUUCCCAAAGACUACGUAAUGUCAAACGGUUACAAGCCAACGCCUUUGGAGCUUUCUGACGUGAAGCUGACAGCCGGCCAGGAGGUUCUGGUAGACAAGCUGGCCGAGAACGCCCACAACGUGUGGGCCAAGGAUAGAAUCAAACAAGGAUGGACCUACGGUAUCCAGCAGGACGUGAAGAGCAGGCGUAACCCUCGCCUGGUGCCCUACGCUCUGCUGGACGAGCGGACAAAGAAGUCCAACAGAGACAGUCUGAGGGAGGCCAUCCGAACCCUGGUGGGGUACGGGUAUGACAUCGACCCCCCGGACCAGGAGGCCUGUCACACGCUGGACCAGCACAGCGUGGAGACGGUCCGCUUCUUCCGCGUGGAGCAGACGUACGCCGUGAAGACGGGGAAGUGGUACUUUGAGUUUGAGGCUCUGACGGGAGGAGACAUGCGUGUGGGCUGGGCCCGGCCCGGCUGCAGACCCGACGUGGAGCUGGGAAUCGACGACCAGGCAUACGUCUUCGACGGAUACAGGGGUCGUCGCAUGCACGCAGGGAGUGGGUUCUUUGGCAUGAGCUGGAACCAAGGCGACGUGGUGGGCUGCAUGAUCAACAUGGAGGACAAGUCCAUGAUCUUCACCCUCAACGGAGAGCUGCUCAUCACCAACACGGGCUCAGAGCUCUGCUUCACCGACUUCGAGACGGAGGACGGGUUCAUCCCAGUGUGCAGUAUGGCCAUGGCCCAGAUCGGCCGCAUGAACUUGGGGAAGGAUGCCAGCACCCUCAAGUACUACACUAUGUGGGGACUGCAGGAGGGAUUCGAACCGUUCGCUGUCAACAUGAAGCGCGAUGUCACCAUGUGGUUUAGCAAGCGUCUGCCCACCUUCGUCAACAUCCACGUGGACCACAACCAUAUCCAGGUAACGAGGAUUGACGGAACGGUGGACAGCCCCCCGUGUCUCAAGGUGACCCACAAGACUUUUGGGACCCAGAACAGCAACAAUGACAUGAUGUACUGCAGGCUGAGCAUGCCCGUGGACUUCCGUGCCAUCAAUGUGCCCCUCGACGAGUCCCAGAAACUCAGUCAACCUCCAAAAGAAGAUGAACCGAUUAACUAUGGAAGCAUCACAAAGUACUACCACUCGGUGAGAGUGUUUGCUGGCCAGGAUCCUGCGUCAGUGUGGGUCGGCUGGGUUACCCCUGACUACCAUUACCAUAGCAAACACUUCAACCUCAACAAGACCCGCACAGUCACCGUUACCCUGGGAGACGAGAGGGGGAGGGUCCACGAGAGCAUCCAGAGGAGUAACUGCUACAUGGUGUGUGGAGGCGACCUCACCGGCACCUCUGGACGCUCCAGCCAGGACCUGGAGAUUGGCUGUCUGAUUGACCUAUCAACCGGUUUAGUCUCGUUUACAGCCAAUGGCGUGGAGCUAGAGACUGUCUACCAGGUGGAGCCGAAUGCCAAGCUCUUCCCAGCUGUGUUUGUCCGACCCACCAGUGUCAACCUCUUCCAGUUUGAGUUUGUCAAGAUCAAGGACGCCAUGCCCCUGUCGUCGGCCAUCUUUAAGAGCGAGCUGAGGAACCCGGUGCCCCAGUGCCCCCCUCGGCUGGACGUCCAGACCAUUGUGGCGGUGCUGUGGAGCCGCAUGCCCAACACCUUCCUCACGGUGGACACGGCCCGGGUCAGCGAGCGACACGGCUGGGUGGUCCAGUGUCUGGAGCCCCUGCAGAUGCUGGCCGUCCACAUCCCGGAGGAGAACAGAUGUCUGGAUAUUAUGGAGCUGUCUGAACUGGAGGACCUGAGGAUGUUCCACCACCACACCCUGAAGCUGUACUGUGCCCUCUGCGCCCUGGGCAACACCCGCGUGGCACACGCCCUUUGCAGCCACCUGGACCAAUCACAGCUCCUCUACACCAUCGACAACCAAUACCUGUCUGGCAUGCUGCGAGAAGGCUUCUAUGACGUGCUCAUCAGCAUCCACCUGGAGACGGCCAAGGACUCGCGCCUCAUGAUGAACAACGAGUUUAUCAUCCCCGUCACGGACGAGACCCGCUCCAUCAAGCUCUUCCCGGACGAGUCCAAGCGUCACUCCUUACCCGGCGUGGGCCUCAGCACCUCCCUCAAACCCCGGCUGAACUUCACCCCGCCCUGCUUCAUCACCAUCAAGCGCCAGCAGCUCCUCCACAGCCCCCAGAUCCCGCUGGGCGCGCUCAAGGAGAAGGCCAUCAGCAUGCUGACUGAGGCCGUGCAGGGCGGGGGCCCCCACAUCAGAGACCCUGUAGGGGGCAGCGUGGAGUACCAGUUUGUCCCCAUCUUGAAGCUCAUCGGGACCCUGCUGAUCAUGGGGGUCCUGACCAGCAAGGAGGUGGGCCGCAUCCUCCUGCUAAUAGACCCCGUGGUGUUCGGGGAGCCGGAGGAGGAGGAGGGGGCGGCAGCGGUGGAGGAGGGGGCCGCGGGCGUGGCGAAGGAGGAGGUGAGCAGUAACGAGGAGAAGGCCGUGGAGGCGGGGGAGGAGGAGGUGAAGGAGGCCAAGCCCCCCAUGAACGGACUGCUGGGGAAGACGCUGCCAGAGUCGGUGAAACGACAGGUGGGGGGAGAGAGAGAGAAACACACAUUCACACGCUCACACAUGAAUAGCACACACACGUGUAUACAUACACACACACACGCCUCACACAUGACCUCUGUGUGCGUCCCGUGCGCCCUGCAGAUGUGCGACCUGCUGCACUACUUCUGUGACUGCGAGCUGAAGCAGCGGAUCGAGGCCAUCGUCUCCUUCUCCGAUCACUUCGUCUCCAAGCUGCAGUUCAACCAGAAGUUCCGCUACAACGAGCUGAUGCUGGCCCUCAACAUGUCGGCCGCCGUCACCGCCAAGAAGACCAAGGAGUUCCGCUCGCCCCCUCAGGAACAGAUUAACAUCCUGUUGAACUUCAGUGCUGGGGAGGACUGCCCCUGUCCUGAGGACAUCCAAGAAGAACUCUCCUCCUUCCACAACGAGCUGCGUCUGCACUGCGGCAUCCCAAUGGAGGAGGAAGAGGAGGAGCAGGACACGUCUAUCAAGGGCCGCCUGCUGGCUCUGCUGUACAAGAUCAAAGGCCGACCUCAGAAGGCAGAGGAGGAUCACCCAGAGGAGGAAGCCCCACCCACCAACCUGAAGGAGCUGAUCUCCCAGACCAUGGCCAGCUGGGCGCAGGAGUGCAUGAUCCAGGACCCUCAGCUGGUCAGGAAGAUGUUCAGCCUGCUGCGGCGCCAGUACGACGGCAUCGGGGAGCUGCUCCGAGCGCUCAGGAAGAGCUACACCAUCUCUGCGGCGUCCAUCCAGGACGCCAUCAACCUGCUGGCGUCCCUCGGCCAGAUCCGCUCUCUGCUGUCGGUGCGCAUGGGCAAGGUGGAGGAGAAGCUGAUGAUCGACGGGCUGGGGGACAUUAUGAACAACAAGGUGUUCUACCAGCACCCUAACCUGAUGCGUGUGCUGGGCAUGCAUGAGACGGUCAUGGAGGUUAUGGUCAAUGUUCUGGGGGGAGACAAGUCUCAGGAAAUAGCCUUCCCUAAGAUGGUGGCCAGCUGCUGUCGCUUCCUCUGCUACUUCUGUCGGAUCAGCCGUCAGAACCAGAAGGCUAUGUUCGACCACCUCAGCUACCUGCUGGAGAACAGCAGCGUCGGCCUGGCCUCCCCAGCCAUGAGGGGCUCCACUCCUCUGGACGUGGCUGCGUCCUCAGUGAUGGACAACAACGGCCUGGCCCUGGAACUGGAGGAGCCCGACUUGGAGAAGGUGGUGAUGUACCUGGCAGGCUGUGGGCUGCAGAGCUGUGCUAUGCUGGUUGCUAAGGGCUACCCUGACAUCGGCUGGAACCCUAUAGAAGGAGAGCGUUAUCUGUCCUUCCUGCGGUUCGCUGUCUUCUCCAACGGUGAGAGUGUUGAGGAGAACUCAAACGUGGUGGUGAAGCUACUGAUUCGUCGGCCGGAGUGUUUUGGCCCCGCCCUUAGAGGAGAGGGAGGUAACGGCCUAUUGGCUGCCAUGCAGGAAGCCAUCACCAUCUCUGAGGACCCAACCCUGGACCUUCCCAGCACUGACUCAGGACUCAUCUCAGGGCCGGGUGAGGAGGAGGAGGAGGUGGCUCACAUGGGCAAUGCCAUCAUGUCCUUCUACUCUGCUCUGAUUGACCUGCUGGGACGCUGCGCCCCAGAGAUGCAUCUCAUCAACAAGGGGAAAGGGGAGGCCCUGCGUAUCCGGGCCAUCCUGCGCUCCCUGGUGCCUACGUCCGACCUGGUGGGGAUCAUCAGCAUUCCCCUCAAGAUGCCCGUGGUCAACAAAGAUGGUACAGUGACAGAACCAGACAUGUCGGCCAGCUUCUGCCCGGACCACAAGGCCCCCAUGGUGCUGUUCCUGGACCGUGUGUACGGCAUCGAGGACCAGGCCUUCCUGCUGCACCUGCUGGAGGUGGGCUUCCUGCCUGACCUGAGGGCGUCUGCAUCGCUGGACACGGAGGUGCUGAGCACCACGGAGACCGCCCUGGCCAUGAACCGCUACAUCGGCACGGCCAUGCUGCCCCUGCUGACCAGGUGUGCUUCCCUGUUCGCCGGCACGGAACACUUUGCGGCGCUGGUGGACUCCACCCUGCACACCAUCUACAGGCUGUCCAAGGGCCGCUCGCUCACCAAGGCCCAACGAGACUCCAUCGAGGAGUGUCUGCUGGCCAUCUGCUCACACCUGAGGCCCUCCAUGAUGCAGCAGCUGUUGAGACGUCUGGUGUUUGACGUGCCCUUACUUACCGAGUACUGCCAGAUGCCCAUUAGGCUGCUGACCAACCACUACGAGCAGAGCUGGAAGUACUACUGCCUGCCCUCGGGGCUGGGCAGCUACGGCAUGGCAUCCGAGGAGGAGCUACUGCUCACCAAGAAGCUCUUCUGGGGAAUCUUCGACUCUCUCUCUCAGAAGAAGUACGACCCUGAGCUCUUUAAGAUGGCCAUGUCGUGCCUGAGCGCCAUCAGUGGUGCUCUGCCCCCAGACUUCGUGGACGCCAGCCCAGGAGCCACCUUGGUCAAGCAGGCGUCGGUAGACGCUCAGGGCAACUUCGACCCCAAGACCGUCAACACUGCCAACAUCUCUCUCCCAGAGAAGCUGGAGUAUAUUGCCAACAAAUACGCCGAGCAUUCUCACGACAAGUGGUCUUCAGAGAAGCUGACAGCAGGAUGGAAGCUGGGGGAGGCUGUGGACGAAGAGGCCAAAACUCAUCCCCUGCUGAAGCCUUACAAAGCUCUGAAUGAGAAGGAGAGAGAGGUGUACAGCUGGCCAGUGAAGGAGUCUCUGAAGAGCAUGCUGGCUCUGGGCUGGAGCCUGGAGAGCAGCAGGGAGGCGGAGAAGAAGAAGACCUCCGAAACAGCUGCAGAUGGUGAAUUCAUCCCAGCACCUGUGGACCUGCACAACGUGACUCUGACCAGGGACCUACAGGGGAUGGUGGAGGUGGUGGCGGAGAACUACCACAACAUCUGGGCCAAAAAGAAGAAAGCUGAGCUCAGCAGUAAAGGAGGAGGGACCCACCCCCUGCUGGUGCCCUACGACACUCUGACCGCCAAAGAGAAGUCCAGGGACCGGGAGAAGGCCCAGGAGCUCUUCAAGUUCCUGCAGAUUAACGGCUACGCCAUCAGCAGGGGCCUGAAGGAGAUGGAGGAGGACUCGUCCUUGAUGGAGAAGAGGUUUAGCUACAAGUUCCUGAAGAGGCUGCUGAAGUAUCUGGACUCGGCCCAGGAGUUCAUCGCCCACCUGGAGGCCAUGGCAACCAGCGGGAAGACGGACAAGUCUCCUCACGACCAGGAGAUCAAGUUCUUCGCCAAAGUGCUUCUCCCGCUGAUCGACCAAUACCUGAAGAACCACUUCCUCUACUUCCUGUCAACACCCAGCAAGAACCUGAGCAGCAGCGGCUACGCCUCCAACAAGGAGAAGGAGAUGAUCACCAGCUUGUUCUGCAAGCUAGCAGCUCUUGUCAGACACAGGAUUUCCCUCUUUGGGAUUGAUUCUGCCAUCACGGUCAGCUGUCUACACAUCCUAGCUCACUCACUUGACGCAAGAACGGUGAUGAAGUCCGGCUCGGAACUGGUGAAGGCGGGCGUGCGCACGUUCUUCGAGAACGCGGCGGAGGACCUGGAGAAGACGGUGGAGAUGCUGAAGCUGGGGAAGUUUGCCCACUCCCGGGCCCAGAUCAAGGCCAUGACCCAGAGCCUGAACUACGCCACGGUGGCUCUGCUGCCCAUCCUCACCGCCCUGUUUGAACACGUCACACUGCACCACUUUGAGGAGGACCUGCUCCUGAAUGAUGUCCAGCUGUACUGCUAUCGCAUCCUGACCAGCCUGUACUUCCUGGGCACAGGGAAGAACAUCUACGUAGAGAGGCAUCUGCCUGCCCUGGGCGAGUGUUUGUCCGUCCUAGUGGGAGCCAUGCCCGUGGCCUUCCUGGAGGCGGAGCUUAACGCCCACAACCCCCUGUCUGUGUUCAACACCAAGACCCCUCGGGAGAGGGCCAUUCUGAGCAUGCCCGACACGGUGGAGGAGAUGUGUCCAGACCUGCCCGACCUGGAGGGCCUGCUGAAGGAGGUCCACGACAUCUCAGAGUCCGGUGCUCGCUACACAGAGAUGCCUCAGGUGAUUGAGGUGAUCCUCCCCAUGGUGUGUAACUACCUGUCCAACUGGUGGGAGAAAGGUCCGGAGAACUCUGACCCUGACACCCUGACCUGCACCAGGGUGACCUCAGACCACCUCAGCAUCAUCCUUGGGAACAUCCUGAAGAUCCUCAACAACAACCUGGGGAUGGACGAUGCCUCCUGGAUGAAGAGGCUUGCAGUUUACUCUCAGCCAAUCAUCGGCAAGGCUGCUGCGGACCUCCUGAGCAGUCACUUCCUGCCGACGCUGGAAAAGCUGAAGAAGAAGACGGUGAAGGUGGUGUCAGAGGAGGAGCUGCUGAAGGCCGAGGGGAGGUGCGACACACAGGAAGCAGAGCUCCUUGUCCUGGACGAGUUUGCCGUGCUCUGCAGAGACCUCUACGCCUUCUACCCCAUGCUCAUCCGCUACAUAGACAACAACAGGUCCAGGUGGUUGAAGAAGCCAGAUGCAGACUCCACCGAGCUCUUCAGGAUGGUAGCCGAGAUCUUCAACCUCUGGUGCAAAUCCCACAACUUCAAAAGAGAGGAGCAGAACUUUGUGGUUCAGAAUGAAAUCAACAACCUGGCUUUCUUAACGGGAGUCAGCAAAACCAAGAUGUCAAAGUCGGACGGAGACCAGGAGCGGAAACACAAGCAGAGACGAGGAGAGCUCUACUCCGUUCAGACCUCCCUGAUCGUGGCGGCGCUGAAGAAGAUGCUGCCCAUCGGCCUCAACAUGUGCACCCCUGGAGACCAGGAGCUGAUCUCCCUGGGCAAGACACGUUAUAGCCUGAAAGACAGUGAUGAUGAAGUGAAGGAUUACUUGCGCCAGAACUUCCAUCUUCAAGACAAGUCUGAAGACCCAGCAGUGCAGUGGCAGAUGAACCUGUACAGGGAUGUGGUGGUGAAGACCGAGGAGCAGACUGAUCCAGAGUUCACGGUGGACAGAGUCCAGAGCAUCACCGCUGCAGUCUACAACCUGGAGCAGGUGGAGCUGCCUCUGAGGAACAAGAAGUUGGUGCCGCAGAAAUUGCUGUCCAAGCAGCGCAAGCGUGCUGUAGUGGCGUGCUUCCGCAUGGCUCCUCUCUACAACCUGCCCAGGCAUCGCUCUAUUAACCUCUUCAUGACUGGCUAUCAGAGGCUUUGGAUAGAGACAGAGGAGUACUUCUUUGAGGAGAAGCUAGUGCAGGACAUGGCAAAGACCCCGAUGAAGAUCGUGGAGGAGGAGGAAGAGGAGGAGGCCGAGGUGCAGCCCGACCCUCUUCAUCAGCUCAUCCUUCAUUUUAGUCACAACGCCCUCACAGAGAGGAGUUACCUGGAAGAAGAUCCUUUGUAUAUUGCGUACGCGGACAUGAUGGCAAAGAGUUGUGCAGAGGACGAGGAAGAGGAGGAAGAAGAAGGUAAAGAGAAGACGUUUGAGGAAAAGGAGAUGGAGAAGCAGAAGAUCCUGUACCAGCAGGCCAGGCUGCACGCUCGUGGCGCUGCUGAGAUGGUGCUGCAGAUGAUCAGCGCUAGUAAAGGGAGACUGGGUCCCAUGGUGACCUGCACCCUCAAGCUUGGGAUUUCCAUACUCAAUGGAGGCAACGUGCUGGUCCAGAAGAAAAUGUUGAGCUACCUGAAAGACAAAAGAGAUGCUGGAUUUUUCAAGAGCUUAUCGGGACUCAUGCAGUCAUGCAGUGUCCUGGACUUGAACGCAUUUGAGAGGCAAAACAAAGCAGAUUGUCUCGGGAUGGUGACAGAGGAAGGGUCGAACAACUCUGAGAAGGGUUCCAAAGUGCUACAGAACGAUGAGUUCACGAAGGAUCUUUUUAGGUUUUUGCAACUUCUCUGCGAGGGUCACAAUGGAGAUUUCCAGGACUUCCUGAGAACUCAGACAGGAAAUACUACCACGGUCAACAUCAUCAUCAGCACUGUGGACUACCUCCUGCGCCUUCAGGAAUCAAUCAGUGAUUUCUACUGGUAUUACUCUGGGAAAGACGUGAUUGACGAGCCAGGACAGAUCAACUUCUCCAAAGCCCUGGCUGUGGCCAAGCAGAUCUUCAACUCCCUCACUGAGUACAUCCAGGGUCCGUGUAUUGGGAACCAGCAGAGCCUGGCCCACAGCAGACUGUGGGAUGCAGUGGUUGGCUUCCUGCAUGUGUUUGCCAACAUGCAGAUGAAGCUGUCCCAGGACUCAAGCCAGAUUGAGCUGUUGAAGGAGCUGAUGGAUCUUCAGCAGGACAUGAUUGUCAUGAUGCUGUCACUGCUGGAGGGCAACGUGGUGAACGGGACCAUAGGAAAGCAGAUGGUGGACACGCUGGUGGAAUCCUCCAGCAACGUGGAGAUGAUCCUCAAGUUCUUCGACAUGUUCCUCAAGCUGAAGGACAUGACCACCUCCGACAACUUCAAGGAGUACGACCCGGACCACAAGGGCUUCAUCUCCAAGAAGGAGUUCCAGAAGUCCAUGGAGUCCCAGAAGCAGUACAACCAGUCAGAGAUUGAGUUCCUCCUCUGCUGCGCCGAGGCCGACGAGAACGACAUGUUCAACUACGAGGAGUUUGUGGAGCGCUUCCACGAGCCAGCCAAGGACAUCGGCUUCAACGUGGCCGUCCUACUGACUAACCUGUCGGAGCACAUGCCCCACGACUCCCGCCUGGCCACCUUCCUGGACCUGGCGGAAAGCGUGCUCCACUACUUUGAGCCCUACCUGGGCCGCAUCGAGAUCAUGGGCAGCGGCAAGCGCAUCGAGAGGGUCUACUUUGUGAUCAGCGAGUCCAGCAGGACCCAGUGGGAGAAGCCCCAGGUGAAGGAGUCCAAGAGGCAGUUCAUCUUCGACGUGGUGAACAUGGGCGGCGAGAGCGAGAAGAUGGAGAUGUUCGUCAACUUCUGCGAGGACACCAUCUUUGAGAUGCAGCUGGCCUCUCAGAUCUCGGAGCCGGACGUAUUGGAGCGCCCUGAAGACGAGGAGGAGGAGGCUCACAGCCUCCUGGAGGAACUGGGGGAGGACGAGGAAAACGCCAUGGAGUCGGCCUCGGCCUUCACCCUGGCCUGCCACUCCGUCAAGAAGAAGAUUGGCAACUUCCGCAAGGCCUUGACCUUCAAGAACGUGAAGAAGCAGCUGAAGAGGUGUAAGAAACUGAGCAUCAAGGAGAUAAUCCAGGGCUUCUUCUCCUUCUUCUGGAUGCUCUUCACCGGCUUCUUCAAGGGCAUCUACAGCGUGGUCUUCGGGUUCUUCCACCUCAUCUGGUCCUCCAUGUUCGGCGGGGGUCUCGUCGAAGGCGCCAAGAACAUGAAAGUGACCGACAUCUUGGGCAACAUGCCCGACCCCACCCAGUUCGGUAUCCAUGGCGACGUGCUGGAAGGGGAGAAGGCAGAGGCGGAGUUGGCGGGCAGUACGGACAUGGCCAUGGCGGUGCCGACAGACAAGGCUGAGGCGGACAUGGUCAUGGAUUUGUUGAACCCAUCCAAAAAGGAAGGAGGCAAGCACGCGGCGGAGCUGGGCUUGGGAGACGUGGCCGAGCUGAAAGUGGAGACUGCCGCAGUGAAGCAGAAGAAGCAGGUUGCAGAGCCUCCAGAGUCUGAACCAGAGAAAGGAGACGCUGAGAAGAAGGAGAAGGAGGACAAGCCAAAGGAAGUAGAGUCAAAGGAGCCUGUCGUUGAAGAGAAGCCCGCCCCCAAAGUCAGAUCCAGCCAAUCAAAGGAGACUGCUUUCAUGAGCAGCGUUGUGGCUGUACUGGAGGUCUACAAGACCAAGAUGCUGAACUACCUGGCUCGCAACUUCUACAACAUGCGUUUCCUGGCUCUUUUUAUGUCUUUCGCCAUCAACUUCAUCCUUCUGUUCUACAAGGUGACCGGGGAUGAGGCUGAAGUGGAUGAUGAUCCCUGGACAGUCACUGAAGAGGAGGAGGACGAUGGCGGUUUGGACAUGGACGGGUUUGUCCUCCAGGAGAGCAGUGGCUACAUGGCUCCCUCUCUCACCUUCCUGUCCAUAUUCCACACGCUCAUCGCUGCUCUGUGUGUGCUGGGCUACUACUACCUGAAGGUGCCCCUGGUGGUGUUUAAAAGAGAGAAGGAGAUCGCCAGGAAGCUGGAGUUUGAUGGGCUCUACAUCACCGAGCAACCGUCUGAUGAAGACAUCAAGGGCCAGUGGGACCGCAUGGUCAUCAACACCCCAUCUUUCCCCAACAACUACUGGGACAAGUUUGUGAAACGUAAGGUGAUUAACAAGUAUGGUGAUCUGUACGGAGCCGAGAGGAUCGCAGAGCUGCUGGGACUGGAUAAGAGCGCUCUGGACUUCGACCCCACGGAGGAGACGGUGGCAAGGGAGGCUUCGCUCGUGUCCUGGUUGAGCUCCAUCGAUACCAAGUACCACAUCUGGAAGAUGGGAGUAGUGUUGACUGACAAUUCCUUCCUCUAUCUGAUCUGGUACACCGUCAUGUCCAUCUUGGGACACUUCAACAACUUCUUCUUUGCCGUUCAUCUCCUGGACAUCGCCAUGGGCGUCAAGACCCUCCGCACCAUUCUGUCCUCGGUCACCCACAACGGGAAACAGCUGAUGCUGACUGUGGGUCUGCUGGCCGUGGUGGUCUACCUCUACACUGUGGUGGCCUUCAACUUCUUCCGCAAGUUCUACAACAAGAGCGAGGACGAGGAUGAUCCGGAUAUGAAGUGUAACGACAUGAUGACUUGCUAUCUGUUCCACAUGUAUGUCGGAGUGAGAGCAGGUGGAGGCAUCGGGGAUGAACUCGUCGACCCUGCAGGAGACCCCUACGAAUUGUGGCGCAUCAUUUUCGACAUCACCUUCUUCUUCUUUGUCAUCGUCAUCUUGUUGGCGAUCAUCCAGGGUUUGAUCAUUGACGCAUUCGGAGAGUUGAGAGACCAGCAGGAGCAGGUGAAGGAGGACAUGGAGACCAAGUGCUUCAUCUGUGGCAUUGGGAAUGACUACUUUGACAGAAUACCCCACGGCUUUGAGACCCACACCUUACAAGAGCACAACCUGGCCAACUACCUGUUCUUCCUCAUGUACAUCAUCAACAAGGAUGAGACAGAACACACCGGUCAGGAGUCGUUUGUGUGGAAGAUGUACCAGGAGAGAUGCUGGGACUUCUUCCCUGCCGGAGACUGUUUCCGCAAGCAAUACGAGGACCAGCUUGGCUAGAGAGGACACCACCACUUCCCCUAGCCAACACCCUACUAUCCCUACCUACCUACCAUCUAAAAAAGACUGACUCCCAACUCACACAAUGUCCAACAGAGCCUGAAUCACUAGCGGGAUCUUUACCCUGCUGUUGUUGACUGUGUGUGUGAUCUUACCGUUAAUAUGCACCGUCAGCUGUUAUCGAGAGCCGAGACACUGAACAUGGAUGACGGGCUGGACACGUCCAUCCGCACCCAGUCCUCGUCACCGAACAUGAACCCGGCGACCCGCCUAACGACACCUCGUCUGUCCGUUUUUGGAUGCAAAACUGAUCUUUUGAUUCUACUUCACAUUGCCUUUGUCACUUGCUUAACCCCAAAACCAGCUGCACUACAUGUGGUGAUGUUGAUGUGUAAGGUUACAGCAUGAUGAGUGAAUGUCUUGCUAACGUCUGAAUAUGCACAAAGACGAUUGCCAUUAUAUUACUGUGAUUGAUUACCAAAGUAGUACCAACUACUAUGUGGUGGUGGUGGUACUGUUAUGAUAGUGAUGAUGCUGGAGUUAGAGAAAUGAAUGAGACAUGAUCUAAUGUACCUUAUUACUUGGUGUGAUUCUGAUGGAGAGAUUAACAAAAUGUCCUGACUGAUCCAGACGUAACUAUUUUAUCAAGUGCCCAUGUGCCUUACGAGAAACUAUGCAAACCCUUUUGUCCCUCUAGACACACUGUAGUGCUCUAGUUCCGGAUUCAGUACAAGCUAAAUUAUCUAGACUUAGUUUUGUGGCUUUAUUUAACAAAAACAAACAAGAAAAAAAAAAAUAUAUAUAGACAUUUGAUGUAAAAAAAAAAAAAAAAAAAAAAAGAAUAUACAACAAAAAAAGGAAUUGUAGAAGAUCGUUGUGUAAAUGUUGCUGUGAGUUUGGUUGUGUUCCCAAGCUGCAGUGCCCUGCCUGCCUGCACGUAAAAAUAGAGAGCCCACGACAAUAUCAAAAUCUACGGUUUAUUUAUUGAACAUUUAAAAUAGUGAGAUAGUAAAUGCUACUUUAUGGCCAUUUGUAUGUAUGUAGUAGCUUUGAUGAACUGUUUCUUUUAAACAAGGAGGAGGAAAUUAAUAAAAGUAACCGAUGCAAUAAACCAGCUUUAUUCUCAAA